CCAAGGAUCUCCAGACGUCACGCCGGCGCCACUCCGAGUCUCUGCCCAAGACGAGCCCCUCGACCUCAGGGCUCCUUCGCCGACAUGGCUCCGAAGAUCAACAAGAAACUUCUGCCUUUGAAGGUUCACUACUUCCUCAAGUAUGGUGGAAUCGCUCUCCUCCCAUUCCUGCCAGUGGUUGUUCGACAGAAGGGCGUGCCUGCCCAGGGCGUGGGUCUUAUGUGGACCGUUACUCCCUUGGCUUCUGCUAAAGCUGCCAUCACAUUUGGGGCGCUCGCGGAUGCCCUCAAGAUCCACCGCGCUAUAUUCCUAGUGGGUCUGGCCAUCCUCGGCGCCUCCUUUACCGCCAUGUUCUUCGUCCCGAGCAUUCCUUGGCGAGAGAUGGACGCUCCUGUUCCCAGCACGAUUGAGCUCCUGUGUAAAGAAGACACCACCUCCCUCGGAAUUUGCCCAGGUGUUGGCAAACCCGAAAACUCAAUUUUGCCGCUAUUUCUUGAUUGUGAUUCUAACGAUGUUGUUAAUGCGGGUGUGAUGGACGAAUGGACUUCAGGGAACUGCAGUCUCCAGUGUAAUCUGCCGCGUUCGUUUUUACAGUGCUGUUGGGCGUGGAUCCACCGCAUCAGUUGUGCAAUAACGGUACCUGUCUUAUGUCCGUCGAAGUCGACCUCGAUAAAUACUUCCAUAAGAACAACAACUUGUCCUGUGGCGUGACGUAUCAUGGCACUUGCCGUUAUGUGUGCGGACCAAAGUCUGGCGAACAUAAGGAUACGACUCUGACACACUUACUCAAGACGGGAGAAUUCUGGCUCAUGUUCCUCUGCCUCAUGUUGGUUUAUGGCUCCAACAGCACCACCACAACUAUGGCGGACACAGUUUGCUUCUAUAUGUUAGGACAGGAUCGGCAUAAAUAUGGGCAUCAGCGGCUGUGGGGCAGCCUUGCUUGGGGUAUCGUGGGUAUGGCGAGUGGCGCUUUGGUUGACCUCUUCUCAAUGGGUCAGCCAAAAGUCAAUUAUCUGCCUGCACUUGUCAUCGCUGUGACGUUCCUAACUCUCAAUGUUAUCGCCUCCACGAAGAUCACAUUUGAAGUACCGAAGAAGGAGAAGCUGACAGCUAGUGCCAUGUACAAUACCUUCUGUUCUCCGAGGAUGAUUGUGUUCCUGAUAACGGUGCUGGUACUUGGAAUGACAAUGGGAAUCCAAUGGACAUUCCUUCUAAUUGUUGUGGAGGAUGUGGCAAAUGCCUGGGACCCAACCUUCCCUUAUAUCAAGCUAUUGCAAGGCCUUUUAGUGGGAAGUGAUUGCUUCUUAGGAGAUGUUCCAUUCCUCUACAUUUCUUCAUAUAUAAUCAAGAAACUUGGCAACAUCUUAACCUUCCUAAUGGUGCUUGUGGUGUUUAGUAUUCGCCAUUUGUUAUACUCGGCAGUUGUUAAUCCUUGGUACUUCCUACCAGUCAGCCUACUGCACGGCCUUUCAUUCUCAGUAUUUUAUCCUAAUAUGAUGUCAUAUGCAAGUUCCAUGGCCCCUAAGGGUGUCCAAGCAAUGAUGCAAGGCACUGUAAAAUCCUUCUUUAUUGGAGGAUCUGCUAUAGGGGGAUUCCUUGGUGGUACACUUAUAGAAACAGUUGGCGGCUCCAAAACCUUCCUGUAUCUAGGACUGUUCCUAGCAUUAUAUACCAUGAUAUUUGCUGCAGUUCAGUUACUCAUCUACAAAAUGCAUCCAGAGGGUCCACAAGAUGGACGUGGUGAAUACAGUGUUCCUGCUGUCAGUCAUAUACAGAACGAGAAGGAAGAUGUAGAAGCACAGGACGAUCCACAAGAGUUACAAAAGACUCCUUUAUAUAAGGAGGAUAUAAUCAAAGAUCCUUUUAUUGAUAAUUAAGCAAGUGAAUAGAGUGCAUGCCUGGUGAUGUCUUUAUAUAUGUGACAUUAAAGUACUUCAUAUACUAAGUGAUCUCUAAGUUUACAUAAAUGAUUACUUACUCAUAUGUACCUGGAGCUUCAC